AGAAUAAAAGAAGGGCAAAAGUAUGGGAUGAAGACUCAAACUUGCACAAAUUUUGGACUCAAAUGCUUAAUUAAAGUCUUAAAUUAUAUGAAAAUUUAAAAUUAAAUUUUAAUUAAAUAAAAAAUAUAAAUAUAAAAAUAAUUAAAAUUUUAUAUAAAUAUAAUAUAUAAAAUUUAUACAUAAAUAAACCCUUACCCAUUUUAGCAUGGCAGCUAUGGAUACAGGCUCUGAGCAUUCUGUUGGGCAAGUGCGCAUGGUUAGUGAAAUCGGAAGUAUUCUAGCCAUUGGAGAAGCUGCAGAUAUUGCUUGCUGUCCUUUCAAUUACUCUAACGAGCGAGAUGCAAAGUGGGCAAGUCAAGAGGCAAAAAACUGAAACAUUAUUUUUAAGUGGUUUUGUUAAAGUUAGAAUCCACGUUGGCUUAAUUUAAAAACUGAUCAAAGCAUGCAGACUUUUAUUCUACGCCUUCCGAAGAGGAAGAUGAACCCUCUUGUUUUGUCUCAUAAUUACACUUCGCUUUUAUUCUUUUUCUUUUUCUUUCUUUUUAAUUCCAGGUCUGAUGUGUUUUUCUCAAGGAUACCCUUUCAUUAGG